AUGAGGUACUCGUGGAAUGAGAAGGUGAAAUUCAAAUGGGAGCAGGUAUACAGCAACACGAUCGACCUCAUGGCGGAUUUGGCUGUGCUGGGUUGGAACAGUGAGCUCCGAACUUUCCCUGUGACGGUUUUUGCUGGGCGGCGCUUUACCACACAGAUUGUAGUAGACACUCUACUGCCCCCGCUUCAGAUAAAGUACCUCGUUUGGGGUCUCUAUCAAACAGGUCUCCAAAUAGGCCGAGGCAAGCACGCUAGGCUUCAAGCGGAUAUGGUACUGCAGGGUCGACCGCUUGGGUUCUUUACCUACGAUACGAGAAGAUACGAAACAAAAUUGCCCGGGCUGUCCGGGUACCCGACCAAUAGCACGCUUCUUUUGAAUGGCGAUAAUCCUGUGAACUACACCUCGAUCGCCGCUUCAAGUCAAAAAUCCGAUCUGCAACUGUCACCGAGUAGUAUUUUGACAGUAGACCACGGCACAGCGUUCGACCCUGACGACACGAAGUUGAAGAUCUACUACGAAUUUGACGGCGUGAAAAUCUCGUCUAGUCAGAUCUUUACCGCCUACCUGGAUGCCCUGGCCACUGCGGCGGUACACGGUCAUGACGAAACAGACGCUGCAAUCAUUGCCUACAGCGAGGACCGUCACACGUCAAUCAACGUACGCAGGGAUAUCUCAUGCACGAGUUUUACCUGGGGCAUACUCAUACGGGCUUUGUUCACGGUUUGGGAGUACGGCACCUUGGGGUAUGCUACGUUGAGGGAUAAAAGGUGGGAGGGAUUGUCCUUUACGAUCGAUUACGAUGGUAAGCCAGCUGGUGAGGGCUUAAUUUUGUAUAAUCCGAGGCCACCACACGAAUUAGCAACUUCGAGGUGA